GCCACCCACCCACGCCAUAUUUGCCCCCCUCUCUCAAAAAAAUCUAUCUACCUAGCAAAACAGAAACUCCAUCACUAACAGAGAAUCUCACAAGAAAUAUUAGUAGUCUACUUCUUUCAUCAUCCAAUAGUAGAAGCAUUAACAUACAACAAAGAGAAAAUCAUCCACUAUGUGAAUUAAAGCCACAAAAUUUUCCUCUCCUUGUCUCUUUACUAUUUUUCAGCUAUAGUAUAUAGAAUAUGACUCUUGAAGAUUCUUUAAAAUCUCUCUCUUUAGAUUAUCUCAAUCUCCUCAUCAACGGUCAAGCUUUUAGUGAUGUUACUUUCAGUGUUGAAGGUCGUUUAGUACAUGCUCAUAGAUGUAUCUUAGCUGCUAGGAGUCUUGUCUUCAGGAAAUUCUUCUGCGGACCCGAGUCGCCUAGUGGCGGCCCGGACCAGUUUCACCCCGCGGGCUUUGGCAGCCCGCGGGGUACCGGUGGUUCACAGGUGAUACCUGUGAACUCGGUAGGGUACGAGGUUUUCUUGUUGAUGUUGCAGUUUUUGUACAGUGGACAAGUUUCAGUUGUGCCACAGAAACAUGAACCUAGGCCUAAUUGUGGAGAGAGAAGCUGUUGGCAUACACAUUGCACCUCAGCCGUUGAUCUUGCACUAGAUACACUUGCAGCCGCUAGAUCUUUUGGUGUUGAACAGCUCGCUUUGCUCACUCAGAAGCAAUUGACAAGCAUUGUAGAAAAGGCUUCAAUUGAGGAUGUGAUGAAAGUUUUAAUAGCUUCAAGAAAACAAGACAUGCCCCAACUUUGGAGUACAUGUUCCCAUUUGGUUGCAAAAUCAGGCCUCCCACCAGAAAUCUUAGCCAAACACCUCCCAAUUGAUGUUGUAACGAAAAUCGAAGAGCUCCGCCUCAAAUCCUCCAUAGCACGACGAUCCCUAAUCCCUCACCACCACCACCACCAUCAGCACGACCUUAGCGCUGCUUCAGAGCUCGAGGACCAAAAAAUCCGACGAAUGAGACGAGCACUCGACUCGUCCGAUGUUGAGCUAGUCAAGCUUAUGGUAAUGGGAGAAGGCCUAAAUCUCGACGAAUCAAUCGCCUUGCAUUACGCUGUGGAGAAUUGUAGCAGGGAAGUCGUGAAAGCCUUACUCGAGCUCGGUGCAGCCAAUGUGAACUACCAGGCCGGUCCAGCGGGCAAAACCCCACUUCACAUUGCAGCCGAAAUGGUGUCACCAGACAUGGUGGCAGUUCUAUUAGACCACCAUGCCGACCCAAAUGUCAGAAUGGUGGAUGGGAUCACUCCACUCGAUAUUCUCCGAACCCUAACUUCGGAUUUUCUAUUCAAGGGUGCUGUCCCUGGACUCAACCACAUUGAACCAAAUAAGUUAAGGCUUUGCCUCGAGCUCGUUCAAUCAGCAGCCCUGGUAAUUUCUCGCGAGGAAGAAAACGCAAAUAACAAUAUUCCAACAUCCACCGCGAUAUUCCAACCAAUCAACGAAGAUCAUUCUUCCAGCACGAGCAAUUUAGGACGUAACCUCACCUUAGACUCGAGAAUGGUGUAUUUAAAUCUCGGUGCAGCUCAACAAAUAGGGAGCAACAAAAUGAACGAGGGGGAUCAUGAUAGCAGCCACAAUAAACAGAAUAGGCACAGUGGUUUUGACCCAUCAUCAAUGUACCGUCCAUUCUCAUGAGUAUUUCCGUAAUUUUCUCUCCACCAUUAAAUAUGUGAUCUUUUGCCACUAUCCCAUUUCUCCUCCUCUUCUUCUUCUUCUUGCAGAGUACUCUUUCUAUCUGAA